UUUGAAGUGACCAACACAAAAAUCAAACCAAAAUGGCAAGAAAGAGAAAGGCUGUUGAAGGAGUGGAAGCAGACAAGAGCUCAAGUGAAGGAGGAGCUUUGGGUUGGGAUGAGAUGGUGAAGGAGGCAACCGCCACGGCAGCAGCGCUAAGUGGAGGCGCUCGAAGGGCCCGAAAGCGAUUCGUCGGCGUUCGUCAACGACCGUCAGGACGAUGGGUGGCGGAGAUCAAAGACACUAUACAGAAGAUUAGAGUAUGGUUAGGAACAUUCGACACAGCAGAGGAAGCAGCUAGAGCGUACGAUGAGGCAGCUUGUUUACUUCGUGGCUCGAACACGAGAACAAACUUCUGGCCUUGCUCCCCUUUAUCAUCUUCAUCACCUGCCCUUCCUUCAAAGAUCACUAAUCUACUAAUCCAAAGGCUUAAUGCAAGAAACAACAACUCCUCUAUACAUAAUCUUCCAAUCAAUCAGCAAGAACAAAAACAUCAGCCAGUUCAAGAAAGGAUGUUAAACUCAAUUGAUCAUCAAAGCAGAGAAGAAUUAACGACAACAUGUUUCACUGACAGAGUUCUAAAUGAUUUACUCAAUGAUCAAGAAGUGUUCACCACAAAUCCCAAUAUUGAGGAAAUCAGUAGAAGUUUCGAGUCAUGUUUGACAGAGAAAGAUGAAUCUGACAGUGGAGAAAUGGAGAGUAGCAACUGGGUGGGAAUGACCCAAAUGAAUAACUCAAAUGGAGGAGAUGAGAAAAAUGAACUUGUUCAAGAAGAAGAAGAAGAAGAUCAAGAAGAAGGAUCAAAUGUUUUGGAUUUUCAUUUCCUUGAUGACAUUGGACCACCAUGUUACUACUCGCCAUUUGAGAUAGCAGAGGAAAUUGGUGAGCCAAUGGAGGGAGGAGAAGGAAAUGAAGAUGAACCAUCUUCAAUGUUGAGAGAAGCUAUGAAAAGGAUGAAAUAUGAGAGGAAAAUUUCAGCUUCUUUGUAUGCCUUUAAUGGAAUACCAGAGUGUUUAAAAUUGAAGCUUGGGGAAGGAAGUGGAGUAAGAUCUAAUUCUGAACUGAUAACAAGCUUGAGAAAAGCUUGUGACAGAAGAAGAUCAAAUGAGGAGAAGGUUGAGGAAGAAGAAGAAGAUGAAGAAGAUAAAGAAGAAAUGAAGUCUUUUUCAAGCAAUGAAGUUGAUUUGUCCAUUUGGAGUUCAUUAGAUCUUCCACCUAUUUGCUUUGUUAACUGAGUUCUAGCCAUUAUCAAAGAAAAAAUUGCUUUUUUUUUU